UUAUCUACCCUAACCUCGUGGCUUUCGUAGUUACCGUCUCACGCAGCCGUAAAAAGAUGGACCUAAGAGAAUCAGUAGGGAAGCAAAACGAAAUCGUUCUGCAGUUGGCUAAGCACGUGAUCGCUACCACCGCCGGAAAACCUUCGAACCUCGUCUUUUCGCCGGCGUUAAUCAACGUCAUCCUCAGCUACAUCGCCGCCAAAUGUCCCGGGGACACCGGAGACAAGAUUGUCUCUUUACUACGGGCGUCUUCUACCGAUGAGCUUAACGCCGUCUCCUCCGAGGUCGUUACCAACGUCCUCGCCGACAGCACCGCGCACGGCGGCCCAAUGAUAUCGGCAGCCAAUGGCUUCUGGAUCGACAAGUCUCUCUCUGUCGAACCUUCUUUCAAGGAUCUCUUGAAGACUUCGUAUAAGGCUGCUUUCAACCAAGUCGAUUUUCGCACUAAGUCUGAUGAAGUGGCUAAAGAGGUGAACUCAUGGGUUGAAAAGGAGACGAAGGGACUCAUCACUGAUCUUCUUUCACCAGAAUCUGUUACUCCUUUGACUGAUUUCAUAUUUGCUAAUGCCUUGUUCUUCAAUGGAAGAUGGGAUGAGGAGUUUGAUCCAUCGCUAACGAAAGAUUCCGACUUUCACCUUCUUGAUGGAACCAAAGCACGUGUGCCCUUCAUGACCGGUAAAUCCUACCGAUACAGUCUCGAAGCUUACGAAGGAUUCAAUGUCCUCACUCUACCGUACAGGCAAGGGAGCAAUUAUAGAGAAGACCGUCGUUGUUUCUCCAUGCAAAUCUAUCUUCCUGAUGAAAAAGACGGAUUGCCCGAAAUGCUGGACAGAUUGGCUUCUUGUCCUGGGUUCUUGAAUGGCGAAGGAGACAUUUCUGGCGAACGGGCAGAAGUCGGAGAACUCAAGAUUCCGAGGUUUAAAUUCUCUUUUGAUUUCGAAGCCUCGGAAGCUCUCAAGGGUUUGGGUUUGGAUACGCCAUUGGAGACGAUCAUCCACAAGUCUUGCAUUGAGGUCGAUGAAGUGGGAUCGAAAGCUGCAGCUGCUGCUGCUGUAAUAUCAGUCGGCGCUUGUAUGCCUCCGAAAGAGAUGUAUGACUUUGUGGCCGACCAUCCGUUUCUCUUCCUCGUCAAAGAGUACGGAAGCGGACUGGUUCUGUUCCUUGGUCAAGGGUGGUUGAUGUACUCUCCACCAGUUAUUAGCUGGGGUAUUAACCAUGAACGGAUCAAUCUUUUGACGCCGAGUCAGUUCUUGUCAACUAUGAAAUUUGGUUGCUUAUACCUAACCACACCCAGCUCAAAAUGGUAUGAGUACCGUAACCUCGUGGCUUUCGUAGUUACCGUCUCACGCAGCCGUAAAAAGAUGGACCUAAGAGAAUCAGUAGGGAAGCAAAACGAAAUCGUUCUGCAGUUGGCUAAGCACGUGAUCGCUACCACCGCCGGAAAACCUUCGAACCUCGUCUUUUCGCCGGCGUUAAUCAACGUCAUCCUCAGCUACAUCGCCGCCAAAUGUCCCGGGGACACCGGAGACAAGAUUGUCUCUUUACUACGGGCGUCUUCUACCGAUGAGCUUAACGCCGUCUCCUCCGAGGUCGUUACCAACGUCCUCGCCGACAGCACCGCGCACGGCGGCCCAAUGAUAUCGGCAGCCAAUGGCUUCUGGAUCGACAAGUCUCUCUCUGUCGAACCUUCUUUCAAGGAUCUCUUGAAGACUUCGUAUAAGGCUGCUUUCAACCAAGUCGAUUUUCGCACUAAGUCUGAUGAAGUGGCUAAAGAGGUGAACUCAUGGGUUGAAAAGGAGACGAAGGGACUCAUCACUGAUCUUCUUUCACCAGAAUCUGUUACUCCUUUGACUGAUUUCAUAUUUGCUAAUGCCUUGUUCUUCAAUGGAAGAUGGGAUGAGGAGUUUGAUCCAUCGCUAACGAAAGAUUCCGACUUUCACCUUCUUGAUGGAACCAAAGCACGUGUGCCCUUCAUGACCGGUAAAUCCUACCGAUACAGUCUCGAAGCUUACGAAGGAUUCAAUGUCCUCACUCUACCGUACAGGCAAGGGAGCAAUUAUAGAGAAGACCGUCGUUGUUUCUCCAUGCAAAUCUAUCUUCCUGAUGAAAAAGACGGAUUGCCCGAAAUGCUGGACAGAUUGGCUUCUUGUCCUGGGUUCUUGAAUGGCGAAGGAGACAUUUCUGGCGAACGGGCAGAAGUCGGAGAACUCAAGAUUCCGAGGUUUAAAUUCUCUUUUGAUUUCGAAGCCUCGGAAGCUCUCAAGGGUUUGGGUUUGGAUACGCCAUUGGAGACGAUCAUCCACAAGUCUUGCAUUGAGGUCGAUGAAGUGGGAUCGAAAGCUGCAGCUGCUGCUGCUGUAAUAUCAGUCGGCGCUUGUAUGCCUCCGAAAGAGAUGUAUGACUUUGUGGCCGACCAUCCGUUUCUCUUCCUCGUCAAAGAGUACGGAAGCGGACUGGUUCUGUUCCUUGGUCAAGUUCUUGAUCCUUCUAUGCAUUGAUUUGAGUUGUGUCCCAAAGUCUCGGGACUAUUUGACUCUAUUUUUGUGUCCCUUGACGAAUGGAUUCCAUGGCCCAUUUGGAACUAAUACCUUCACUUUGUCAUGAGGCUAUUUUUUGUUUAUCUUUAAUGGACUUUUCUUCUUCUGUUUUGGUGUCCUUUAAUACUACUUCUCAUAUGGUGAUCAGGCCAAUUGUCAUAAUCC